AUGAACAUCAUCAACAUGCUCUACCCACCGGUGCUGUUCUUGCUCUCGGGCGCCGUCCGCGGUGCCUGGGCGACGGAGUCCGUUCCCACCUUUGAGCACGCAAAUCCGUUCACGGGGGAAAACCUCACCUGCGCCAAGUGUCCCCCGGGCACGUACAUGACCGCGCACUGCACCGCCACCGAGCCCACCCAGUGCUCGCAGUGCAGGGGUGACCAUUACACGGAGCUGUGGAACUACCUGCCCCGGUGUCUGUACUGCGACAACUUCUGCGCCGAGAACCAGGAAGUGGAGAAGGAAUGCUCGCCGUACAGCAACAGGGUCUGCCGGUGCAAAGAAGGCUUUUACGGGACCACCGACUUCUGUAGCAGACACGCAGAGUGCGAGCCCGGACGCGGUGUUCAAACGAAAGGCACGUCGCAAAUGAACACUGUUUGUGAAACGUGUUCAGACGGCUACUUCUCCGGCUCCUCUUCUGCUCUGGAAACCUGCGUAAAACACCAGGAAUGCGCAAGGGGACAGAUUGAGCUCCUCCCCGGCACAAUUACCCAGGACAAGUUGUGUGGCUCCUGCGGGGACCUUGCCAAUGGAAAUGAGACGCUCAGGACAAUCCUCUCAGGGUUCUUGGGUAUGCACAGGAUUCGUGUGUCAAAAAUGAAGAAAUUUGUCACCAGGUACAUUAAUAAGCCAGUCCCCAGACAGAGAGGUCCUCUCCUGCAUCAAAUCAGGGCGUGGCUGUCCCAGGCUACGGAGGAGCAGCUGAAAAAGCUGCCACAGAUGCUGAAGGCUUCACAGCUCAACUCCAUUGCAGAGAAACUAGACAGGAGACUUCUGGAGAUUCAGCAGCUGAGCCACAACUGCAGCUUGCAACUCUCUGAGGUAGCUACUCUAAAAGACUGAGCGUCCAUGGUACAUGUAGGAGUAUAACAUAUCUCUUUCUCUGGAUUUACAAUGUGAUACAGUAGCAAUUUUUUUUUUUGUGGCAUUUUUUUCCAUUUGAAAAAUAGUUUUUAUCAUGAUUUUCAUUUGUCGGUUGAUUUAGGAGAGCGUGUAUUGCCUCAAAGGUUGACCUGGGGAUGUUUCAUAGAAAUAAUGUUUUUUUUUUUCAUUGUUUUAAAAACUGUGAGAUGUUAGGUAUUUGGACGGGGACACCAUUUUUGUAAUUGUGUCUCCGUACACCACCACAGUGGAUUUGAAAUGAAGCCAUCAGGAUGUGACUGAAGAGUGGACUUUCAGCUUUAAUUUAGGGGGGGGCAGUAA